UUAAAAUAUUUAUUGCGAAAUGUUCUCGAUUCAAAAACAACACAAACAGCGCAGCAAAUUCGAUCUCGAAAUUAUGAUGACGAAAUCCAAUGUUAUGACCAUCAACCUCCUGAAGAUGCGCCUGGUUGGGUAUAUACCGAACAACCCAAUGAUAUAUACGAUACAGAUUUCAAUAGGUAUAUGAGAGAAGAUGAAGAUGCAGAGGAUUUUGACGAAAGAAGCAGUAGUAAGUCAAACUCUAUUAUCGAGGCUGAAAACUGA